GAACUUGAACAAAACCUGCGGACUUCGCCGGACUCCUCCCUGCUGCUGGAGAUUCUGCACAGGACCGUUCUCCACCCUCUGUGUGUGAAAUAUCCCCCUUCCACCAAGUACAGAAGAUGUUUUCUAACUGAACUCAUCAAAAAGCAUGAGUCCACAGCAGCUGAACCCCUGGAUGAACUGUACGAUGCACUGGUAGAUACUCUGAACGAAGAAGAAUCUACGCGUUGUUACAAACACUACUUCCUGCUCACGGGAGAAUCUGUUACCCUUUCCGAGAGCGUGGCAAUUAUCUCUGGAGGAACGACGGGGCUCGUCACAUGGGAUGCUGCUCUUCAUCUCGCUGAGUGGGCAAUUGAGAACUCCGCAGUCUUCAGAGACAGGACAGUCUUGGAACUAGGAAGUGGGAUUGGCUUCACUGGAAUUGCAGUCUGUAAAGCCUGCGAUCCCAAGACUUAUGUAUUUAGUGACCACCACCCUGGUGUUCUCGGGCAGCUGAUGGAAAACAUCCGUUUGAACGGCUUUGUGGUGGAGCCCCAAGCUACUCGGCGUAUCCAGCCGGAGCCCCACAGCCAGGAGGCAGAAGCAACGAACUGCCAGAAACCAAACCUGAUCGUCGCAGAACUUGACUGGGGCGCAGUGACGGCGGAAGAACUGUUGGACCUGCAGCCCGACGUCGUCGUUGCAGCAGACGUGGUCUACGACCCAGAGGCAAUUUCAGCCCUCACUGGUGUGCUACAGAAACUGUCCACUUCCGGAGCAGGUGGCAAACCUCCCGAGGCCUACAUUGCUCUCACCAUUCGCAAUCCAGACACGUAUCACCUCUUCCAGGCUGAGCUUGGUAAAGUUGGGAUCGGGUGGCAGGUCAUUCCAGCCCACAACAGCAGCAUUUUUGUCUACGACGUGCAGCCAAGUGUAACUCUUCUACAGCUAUUUAUAUAG